UUGCAUUUAGGCAGGAGCAGCCGUGUAUAACAGAACAGUAGUUCUGGAUAGGGCUUUUGUGCUGGGAAUGUUCAUGUAAAGGAUAACAAACUCUAUUGCCGAGUCUGCCGUGUAUUGUACUUUGUUGAGUGACUGUAUCUCCAUGUCAGGAUAUGUAUUGGGUUUGAGGGGUUUUCAGCCUCUUCACCCAAUCAUCAAUAUCAGCCUCAGCCAAGGAAAGGGAAAUGGGUCAAGCUUCUCUUUACUCACCAACUCCAACUAUGUCUUUUCCAAUUCCAUUUCAAAACAACUAGUAUUAUCAUUAUGGACCUCUCCAACUAUAGCUACAACAUCAUCAUCAUCAUGUACUCCAAAACUAAAGAGCCAAGCAACAAAGUCCCAGGCUGGUUCUUCUUCAUGGCCCCAACAACAAAGUCAAAAACAAGAAGAAGAAGAGGAAGAAGAAGAAGAAGAAGAGUUUCAAUUAGUGACAGCAAUAAGAAGCCAAUUCAACGACAUUUUAAUUCUCGAUACUCCAAAUUCCAGGAUGCUGCUUCUCGACGCUACUCAUAAUGUUCAUAGCAUUCUUUACAAGGACCAGAAAUGGACUGGUUCCUAUUGGGAUGAGUUUGCUAGCUUGCCGGCUAUUGUCCCAAAAGGUCCCAUUGCUAUCUUUGGUUUGGUAACUCUUUGGAAUAAUGUGGAUAUCUUCUUUGAGAUUAUUGGUGGCGGAACUACUGCUCGUCUAAUGCUUGACUUGUGGCCAUCAUUGCAACUUGAAGGCUGGGAGAUUGAUGAAAUUUUGAUUGAGAAAUCAAGAGAAUAUCUUGGGCUUUCGGAUCUUGAGAAACGCACUGUAGCUGGUGGCAUUCUUAAUGUUCAUAUUGGGGAUGCCCUUUCACAGUCAGUUAAUGCUUCUGGAGGGUUUGCUGGCAUUGUCGUUGACUUGUUUUCUGGUGGAAAAGUAUUGCCGCAGUUGCAAGAGGUUCAAACCUGGUUAGAAUUGAAUGAUAGAUUGAUGCCAAAUGGUCGUCUCAUGGUGAACUGCGGUGGCAUUGAUGAAGCAGCUGAUGUGAUUGACGGAGUGGUUCGUCCCAAAAAUUCUUCAAUUGAUGGUACCUGGGUGCAAAAUUAUACUAUCAAGGCACUAUCCAAAGCAUUUCCUGGAAAAUUAAGCUGGAAGAGAAAGCCAAACAGUGAAGGUGAAAAUUAUCUUGCACUCACAGGACCUUUGCCAGAUUUGAUUUCAUGGUCUGCUAUAGUCCCAGAUCCACUGAGGACAGCAGUAAAGCAAUGGAAGCCUUGUGGAACCUUUUCAUGAAAGCCUGCAUUGAAACCUCCUUGUGCUGUUUUUGGAGUCAUUUCACUAAACCACAAUGAAUUAUGUGACAUAAAAGAGAGUUGUGUGUUCUGAGGUUCUAUCCAGUGGUUAUACUGUUUUCUUUCUAUACCCACCCUCUGCUUAAAAGUCCACUGUUCCAGUUAUUAAGGAGAUGAAUUUUAAAUGCAAUAAGUAGUUGGUUGUAGCUCAAUAUGUUGCCAAAGUGCUAUGUUGUAAAUUACUUUUCUAAUACAGAGGAUCACAGCUAGUGUUAUUA